UCUUCUCUUGUGACAAUCCAGACAGAAAGGAAAAGCCUUCCUGAGUUCAGCUGAGUUACACGGGCACACGGCGUUGCGAUGACAGAUUCCUGUUGUUUUGGUACCAAAGGACCAACUUCGAAGAGGGAAAUGGAGUUAAGUUAACCAUUACCUGACCAUUCCUGUCUAUUUAGUGGACAUUUGGUAAAUACUUGGGGUUGUUGCGCCGCCGGGGACAAAGUUGGCGCAUGGAGAGGGACGAAGUUUAAUUUUUGCGCAGCGUCUUUUUCUUUGUUUUUGUUGCAACUGCGUUUCAACGAACGUCACACGGCUUUUCGGACAACUAACGACAAGUAACCUGAGUUCAGUUUUGACCUUUUCCACUGUGGUUGAAGUGAAGGCUACAAGACAACAAGACAACUUGGGGUCGCAUCACGUUGUGUUGAGAUGGUGGACAACAAACCUCUUCUCCAGGACAGACCCCCCUCCUACAACACCGUCCCAGGGGCUUACGAGUAUGCCCCUCCGCAGAGCAGCUAUGGGGCUAUCCCGCCGCUGGCCCCGCCGCCCUACCAGUACCCCGCCGGACAAGGAUACCCAUCAGCCCAAAUGGGCCCUGCCAUAGCCCAGCAGCCCUACCCCGCGUCCUACACCAUCAUACAGCCGUCUGUGGUGGUGGUGGGAGGCUGCCCUGCCUGCAGAGUGGGGGUCCUAGAGGAUGACUUCACCUGCCUGGGGAUCCUGUGUGCCAUCUUCUUCUUCCCCCUGGGUCUCCUCUUCUGCUUUGCACUGCGCCAGAGAAGGUGUCCCAACUGUGGCGCCACCUUUGGUUAGAGGAACCAAACCACGGCCCUUGCACCUGCCCCUGCUCUCACACACACACACGCACACACACGCACACACACACAAUCCAGCAUUUCCGUGUCUUUACUUUCUCUUUCUUAAUAUUGCACAUUUGCUGUUGCCAUUAUGUUAUGUACAAUGAAAUGAUCAAGAUGAUAUUACCAUGAUGUUUUAUUACAGGCACUUGUACAAAUCUAUGUUCAUCUAGUUGAGGAUGUGUUCUAGCAGAUGUUAGUGUCCAGCUGUUGUCAGUGCCUUCACUACAUGCCGAGUGAUCAUCAGAGAUUCCAUCAGUCGUGAUUUCUCCUGUAGAUUUGGCUCAGUUGUCCAAGGACCUGAGCAGAUUCCUUAAUGUUUUUCAAGCCAGAAUUAACUGAGAAACAUGAGUUUUAUUUUUCCUUUUGUAUUCGCUGGCACACUGCACACAUAUUUGUGUGCUUAGUUACAUUGUACUCAACAAAGCAUCCAUGUAGAUCACCGAUGUAUCAUCUUUUUCCAGAAAUGUAAACCUUUUUUUGAGAUGUUUGUUUUUGGCUUAGGGGAAUAACAUGGGUUUUUGAGAAAAAAAGCAUAUGUGUAAAGAUCCUUGGAACGUGAACUGUCCCGGCUGAAACAAUGGACUUGUCUCAGACAUUUUGUCUCUUUUUGUUGAUGUCAUUUCUUGGGGCCAUAUUUGCACGGAAGGUUUGUUUGAUGAUUAUUCUGCUGGGUUUUGCUUUUCCAGGGCCAAUGCAGACCUCAGGUACAUACAAUCUGAAACGCCCUCGACUUUACAACCUCAAUCACUGUUUGACUUCGGACUUCUGCCUACUUUAAGAAGACUCUUUUGUCAAAGCGCAGACUUCUCCUUUAAUAUCCAGAGGUUCACUUCAAGGAUGCAUGCUGGGAGAAAAGCUCAAGACAUCUCUCAAUAAUGUGUAUAAUCUCUGGAUUUCGAUUUUAGUACUCUGUGACAAGUCACCCUGCGCCCCCCCCCUCCUAACCAGACAAUCUAUGGAGAAUGUCUUCGUCCCUGUAUCUGAAGUGUAUCCGUGUCUGUCUUCCAUCACAGCGAGAUGUUAUAUAGCUGUCCAUGGCAGUAGAAGAAGAGAUGGAACUAGGUGGUGGGAGUGGUUUAAAAAAUCUUCUUGCUUUAGAAUACACACUACACACGCUCUUAUGAUUGAGGUUCUUACUUUUUAUAUUUGAGUUACUGUAAUUAAAAAUGAAUGCGACAUUU